AGGUUUAAACAAUAAUUUACCAAAUAGAACAUUCUUCAUUCACAAAGGUUCAUCAAAAUGGCGUUGACGGCAGUCAUAUUGACAUUGUUUUUUUUGGUUUUUGAAUCAGGUGCCGCUGAUGAUUCCUGUGAAGAAAUUAUGCUUCCAAUGUGUCGUGGUCUCAUUGGAUAUACUCACACAAAGCUGCCAAAUCGUUUUGGACAUAAACACCAACGACAAGUUUACAGGUUUCUGGAACCUAUUUGGCCUUUUAUGGACAGAGGUUGCUCUGACAAUUUGAGAUUAUUUGCCUGUGGACUAACAGUACCAAAAUGUACAACUAAAGGAAACACAACAAAAAUAGAAUUACCAUGUAAAGAAACUUGCUUUUAUUCCAAGAAAGGCUGUAGUAAGGAUAUGAAAAGUCUCGGAACGAAAUGGCCAAGAAAACUAAAAUGCAAGGGACUUAAACGUAAGAAGCAAAAUAAUUGUUUGAAGCCAUACCCUAGGCUGAAGAAAAAGAGGCAACCAAUAUACGCUUAUUGUCAGAAGAAUACAUUUCCAAUGUGUCAGAACUUAACCUUUGAUAUCGGUACCUUACCAAACAUGUUUCACCAAAGCCGGGAAACAGAAAUCCUGACGGAACUUGAGCAAUAUCAGAGACUAGCUGACUCUCAGUGUCAUGAUGAUCUGUGGUUUUUGAUUUGUGGAGUAUUUAGACCAUACUGCAUCGCCAGCAACCCGUUUACCUUGCCUUGUCGGGAACUGUGCGAGGAAGUCCGAGGUAAAUGUGAAACAACGUAUAUAACGUUGUAUGGUGGUCUCCGAUGGCCUGCUAAACUACAGUGCCAUAGAUAUCCACCGGCUUCAUCGCAACAUACUUGUGUAAUCCCCAGAGACACAGCUUUGAUCAAAACUAAUUUUUGAAUUUAAA